GUCAUUCGUAAGUAAUACACAUAUCUCUGUGUUAAAACGUCACGCUUAUGAGAAAGAUAUUUGUUGUCUUUGUAGUUUUGACAUAUGAAUUGAGUGUUCUUUGUUGUUUCUUUAGUUACAUGUUUUGUCAUAGUGACAUUCGGUAAUGUGUAUAUGAAUGGAUUUCGAGGAGAAAUAUCUGGACCACCAAGAAAAUGAUGAAAUGGAAAUGAAUCGGUGUGAACGUAAAGAAGGUGGUAAGCGUGGCCGGAAGCCUGGUAGGAAAUCAAGUGACAAAAUUGAUGUGAAAGCAAAAUUAGAGCGAAGCAGACAAAGUGCAAGAGAAUGUAGAGCAAGGAAAAAAUUAAGAUACCAGUACUUAGAAGAACUUGUGGCUGACCGUGAAAAGGCUGUUCUAGCACUGCGGAAGGAACUUGAAAAGUAUAGAUUGUGGGGAAAGGAACUAGAUGAAGGCCGUAUGCCAGAGGGCAUGCAGGUACUUCUGGAGGAAAUUGGAGCUGUGAAACAAGAAAAGUGUUGAACUUCAGUAUGGACACAAUUUUGAGUAUUGUAUCUUUUUUGUACAUAUAAAUGCAUGAUGGAGAAUUUUUAUGUUAGAAACUAUAUAGAUGUGAUCUUCAGUUUUUGAAUGUUGUUAUAUUCUGUACAUAUUGUUGUGUAAAUCUGUCCACUGUAGUCAAAAGAAUGUUGAUGUGUAAAGAUAUAUGUAACAUGAUGGAGCAUAUUAUCUACAGAAAAAUAACCAACUAUUCUGCUUGAUUCUUUUUUGGAAGAUAAAAAGAUGGCCAAGAAAGUGUCUUGGGUAUUAGUAUUUUUUGUAAACUUUUUUGAUGUAUUAACCAGGGUACAAAGCUGUUGUUGCCUUACAUUGUCACAUGUUCUCCUACAGCAAAAAAAACUCUCUCUCUCUCUCUCUCUCUCUCUCUCUCUCUCUCUCUCUCUCUCUCUCUCUCUCUCUCUCUCUCUCUCUGUCUGUGUGUGUGUGUGUGUGUGUGUGUGUGUGUGUGUGUGUGUGUGUGUGACACCAAGGAUCAUUGUUAUUUAGAAUUUUAAAAAUUGAUUAAACACUUCUAAAAUAUUGUACUAUUGUACAUCAGAUAAGAAACCAAAAAUGUCUCCUUAUCUGUACAUUCUAGUAUUAAAAUUAUGCAAGUUUGGUUUUGCUUGGAGAAAAUAAAUGUGCCUCAUCUUACUGUGCAGGUAGUCAAAGUAACUGUAAAAAUAUGUCUUUAAAAUACGUUCCUUUUGAUUGGAAUACACUGAACUGGCUUUGGAAAAUUAA